AUGGCCUUCUCUCAGCAAAACAUGAACUCACAAGAUGAGCUUGCUGCUCUCCUGGCUCGCAACUUGACCUUCAACCCAAUUCCCGAGCCUGCACCUGUGCCUCAAGAGCAGCCCAAAGCAGACCAUGCUGAGCCUAUCGUCUACACUUCCGUUCAUUACACACACUCCGCCCAUAUUACCCAAGCGGCCCAGCACCAGGAAAUUCCUCGUCGAUCUUCAGAGCCACCCCAGACUCAAGCGCCGAGUGUCGAAGCCAUCUUGUUGCACCAUGGAGUAAACCCAGCUACACUUACCCCUUCACAACUCCAGCUUUUCAAGGUCGCUGAGCCUCCUCAGCAAGAGAGACUUAUCGAGCUUUGGAACAUCUGCCCCCCUGGAAACGGCGGCGAUAUCCCUGCUCUUGCAUGGAGCAGCACUACUGUCGAGAACGAGGAGCAACUAGCCCGUAUCCGCUACGAUAGACUGUCCCAGCAACAUCAAGUCAUGAGUUUGGAUGGCACACAGGUCCAAACAAACGAUGGUAGAUGGGUCAGCCAGCAAGAGCCUGAGCUGGAGCCAUACAUGGCAUCUGGCUACGAGGAGCUUAUGCGAAGAGAGCAAGAGCGAGAAGUUCGUGAUUCUCAGCCUAGAAGCACCUAUGGACUCUACUCUCAUGCUAAUGAUCCCGUCUACAUGGGUCCCGACUAUGCUCGUGAGCAACAGCUGCUGGCGAUGGCAUCCCAGUAUGGCGCCUGCCAGGGGUUCCGAGCACCCGAGAUGGACACGAUGGAUGUUAUGUAA